GGCGUGUUGAGGGGCGGAGCCGGAAGUGAAACUUUGGUGGGGGAUGGAGGAAUGUGGGGCAGAGAGAGCCGGCUCUCGGUGAGACCCUCCAGAAGGACGAUGCGACGCCCGCGGCUCCUGGCGCCCAGAUGAAGCUGGUCUCUAUGGCAGCCGGAGUGACGGCGGUGGAGCCGGAGCUGAAAUGGGUCUCCCUCUGGCUCCGGGCCCGUUGGGCUGCGGUGCUGGCGGCGGUGCUGGCGGCCCUCCUGGUGGUGCUGCUUCCGGUGCUGCUGGUGGAGGGGCAGUGCCAGGCGGCCCUGAAGGGCUGGGCCUUCCUCAGGAGCAAGCUGGGGCUGGGCUACGUGAGCAUCGCCACCUACACGGGGCAGACCACCGAGCUCAGCGUGACCUCCGGCGGGUUGGAGCUGAUGGUGCUGAAGCCCAAAGUCUCCACAGAGGUCAGAUUAGAAGCCAAAGCAGCGUUACAUCAGGCGUUGGAGAUGAAAAGACAAGGGAAGCGUGAGAAAGCUCAAAAGCUCUUCCUGCACGCCCUCAAGAUGGACCCCGACUACGUGGAUGCCUUGACUGAGUUCGGCCUCUUCUCCGAGGAGGAGAAGGACAUCAUACAGGCCGACUAUCUGUACUCGAAAGCCUUGACCAUCUCCCCACACAACAAGAAGGCUCUGGUCAGCCGGGACCGGACGUUGCCUCUUGUGGAAGAAAUCGACCAGAGGUUCUUCAGCAUCAUCGACAGCAAAGUCCAGAAGGUCCUGUCCAUCCCCAAAGGCAACUCUGCCCUGCGGAGGGUGAUGGAGGAGUCCUACUAUCACCACAUCUACCACACGGUGGCCAUCGAGGGCAACACUCUGACGCUCGCCGAGAUCCGGCACAUCAUCGAGACCCGAUACGCCGUUCCCGGGAAAAGCCUGGAGGAGCAGAACGAGGUCAUCGGCAUGCACGCCGCCAUGAAGUACGUCAACACCACCCUUUUGUCUCGGAUAGGGUCCGUCACCCUGCCCGACGUCCUGGAGAUCCACCGGAGAGUCCUGGGCUACGUGGACCCCAUCGAAGCUGGCCGGUUUAGGACUACCCAGGUGUUUGUCGGCCACCACGUCCCGCCCCAUCCUCGCGACGUGGAGAAGCAGAUGCUGGAGUUCGUGCAGUGGAUCAACUCCGAGGACGCCAUGGGCCUGCACCCCGUCGAGUUUGCCGCCCUGGCCCACUACAAGCUGGUGUACAUUCACCCGUUUGUGGACGGCAACGGGAGGACAUCCCGGCUCCUGAUGAACCUGAUCCUCAUGCAGGCCGGCUACCCACCCAUCACCAUCCGGAAGGAGCAGCGGGCCGAGUACUACCAUGCCUUGGAGGUGGCCAACGAAGGGGAUGUCCGGCCCUUCAUCCGCCUGAUUGCCAAAUGCACAGAGACCACCCUCGACAUGCUGCUCUUUGCGACCACGGAGCAUUCCGUGGGCCUCCCCGAAGCACAGGACGGGGGCGGCAGCUGCAGCGCAGGCUGCAAACAGACCAUCUCUCUCAAAACUCGGACCUGAACGCUGGGAGCAAAGGGCGCCCCCUGUGGGAGGAGAGCUGGAAAAGCACUUUCUGUAAAACAUUUCAUUUAUUUAUGUCUUUAAGUUAAAUCAUUUAAUGCAGUGGCCUCUCCGUAUUUAUUACCCCCAAUAGGCCCCAAGUAACUUGUCUAAUGUUAUUGCAAAAGGGAAGAGGCCAGUCUCUAACGCCACAGAGCUGCUUCUCUGGCUGGUUAAGCGUCCAGGAGGACUGCUGCAGCUGGAAAAACCCAACCCAGGGUCAGCUUUCUGGCUAAAGAUGGUCAGACAUGGAAAAUGCCGCUGUUACUUUACCCAGCCGAGCCCGGCUGAGGAGUUCAUCGGUGUCCUUAGCAAACUGAUGCAGUUUUGGUAUUGUUCAGUUUGCUAACGCACGGGGAGGGCCCAAACUCCCACCCGUUGAGGGAAGGAAGCUUGUGUGAAGCCCACAAAGCUGCCAUUUCACCUGCCCCCCGUUUGGGUUUAUGGCAGUUUCACGUCUAAAACUGGACCAAGCUUCCUGCCUGCCAGUGCCUUCGUAGGGACUUGUAUUUGUACUGAAUUGUGCCUUAGCUCUUUUCCCCAACCCCCUUUCCAGCAGAACCACUCCAGGAGGAGGUCUAACCUAGAGAAGCCUGUGGACUCCGUGGGCUUUGAAUUGGGAUCCUUUAAAAAACCCACAUUUGCUCUGGUGUGAUAUUGCCUGUGGAAUAAAACCAAUCCAGCCUCAAAUACUAAAGGUCGAAGGGCUUCGUAAACUCCUCCUCUGAUAGCACUUUACUUUUAUUGUACUUGGAACGUGCCAACGUUGUUGCCUGAAGUUUCAAAGGAGAAAAGGUUGAGGUGGGGGGGUGCUUUUUGCUAAGCUGCGAACUCAGCAUCCCCACGCGCAACCGGUGCCCCUGAAUGAAUCCCUGUUUCUCUUCGGCUCACCUUCUUGGCUCACCCUCUUGCCAUCUUGGUUGCCCCUGGGAAGAACCCACACGCCUUGGGACAGGCGUGAUCCAAUCUUAAAUCGGCCCAGACUUCAGGGGGGGACUGGCUGCCCUUCUUAAGUCUACUUCUAAGGCAAGCCGAGCAGGUACAACCACAACGCAGUGUGUGAAAUAGGAGCAGCGCCUAACAAAAGUGCUUUUGCAAAGUCUGUGCAUAUUUGGUUGGUUGCAAUAAAGAGAUUUCCCGA